AUGCCUUGCCCCGAGCGCAGGCUACAAGAUGCCAGCUUUGAAAUGGGCAUCGAUUACGACGGGCAAUUUUCCACCAAACACUUUCAUCGUCAGGACACGGUCACCCUGAAAACCUAUAGCAAAUGUUCUGGAGACUGCAGCGUACGCGGUGGAUAUGCGCAGGUUCAACAGCUCCUCGACACUGAAAGCGUUUUGAACCGCGAGGGACUGGGAGUUAAAAUGGCUUCGAAACACCAGGUCGAGAGUUUGGCAGAGGAGACACUCUGUCCCAUCUGCCUGGAUUUAUUCACCGACCCGGUUAUCCUGGGGUGUGGGCACAACUUCUGCCGCUCCUGUAUCACACAGAGUUGGGACACGGACGGGAGAAACUCCUGCCCGGAAUGUAGAGAGGAGUUUGCUGACCGCACCCUCAAAGUUAAUCGGGCCUUGGCGAGACUGGCUGAGAAAGUUCGAACACUGAGUCUGAAUACGGAGGAGAAGGAAAGUAAACAUCACUGCGAUGAACAUCAGGAAGAACUGAAGCUGUUUUGUGAAACGGACAAGAAACUGAUCUGUGUGAUUUGUGCAGCUGGGCGGGAACACAAGUCUCACAGCUUCAUACCGAUUAAAGAAGCUGUUGCAAUCUACAAGGAUCAGGUUAAAUCAUCCAUACAAUCUCUGACAACAAAUAAAUCAGCCAUCCAGGAAAUGGAAGAGCAACAGAAGCUGAAGAUUUCCCAAGUCCGGGAGCAAUCACAAAGCCUCAGGUCUCACGUCACAUCUCAGUUUGAUGAACUGUUCAGGAUUCUCGUGGAGAAAAAGCAGCGCAUUCUCAGAGACAUCAAGGAGGACGAGGAGAAGAUUCUAAGUCCAAUGGAGAAAAAUCUUCAAGACAUUCAAGAGAAUUUAAACUCUAUUGAGGAGGAACUCUCAAAGCUGCAGGGGCGAAUGGAACAAACAGACAGCGUGUUAUUUCUGAAGGAGGAAGCUGGUCGCAAGAGGAGAAUUAGUGAUGAAGACCACACAUUGUCACUGAGAGAUGGUGCCAUACUGGAUGAAAAAUUCGAUCACCCCUACUGGUUGAACGCAGUGUUGAAAGAUAUUGUUGUUGUCAAUCACCAAGUCUCCGUCACCCUGGAUGUGGAAACAGCGCAUGCGCGGCUCGAGGUGUCUGAGGAUCGGAAGAGGAUGGCAGUAAACACUACACAAUGUGCACUGCACACAAUGGGCACAACAAACUCUGAAUAUGGAACAAAACUGGACAAGGUCCACACAGGAUAUAAGGCACAAUGA